GUUAAGCAGCGGACAAAAACAAAGAUGAAGAUGUUUUUUUGGCGCGCGAUUUUACUGUUUACUUUUAAUACAAAAAAAAAUUGAUUUUUCGUGAAAAUCACCUGCUUAUAAUAUACACGGAUUAUCAAAUAAAGAUUUUGAGCAACUUACUGAAGUUAUAUAUAAAGAGGAAUUUCGUCGAACAUCAGUCUAUGAUGGCAGGUAGGGGCAGAGGGCAUCUCACUUUCUCUGUGGAGAUAGUUGGGAUCAGUAAAGGAGAAAAUCUCCCUCCAUCCUGCGUCCAGCCGACCCCUUUGUUCCCUCCACUGGAGCAGAAGCCAGUGCCCCUGCAGGGAGGUGAGGAGGCCGAAUACAUGCUGGCACUCAAACAGGAGUUCAGAGGAGCCAUGAAGACGCUUCCAUUUUACAUCUGUCCAGCUGCACCCAAGAAAGAUGUUGAGCGCUAUUCUGACAAAUAUCAGAAAAUUGAGACUUCUGACAACAGCUUGGAAUGGAAGCCAGACUGGAGGUGCUUUCCGAAGGAGUUGCGUGUGAGAGAGAAGAGACCCCAGAGAGACAAAAGCCCAGCUGUUCCAAAACAACCCAAACAGCCACGCUUGGACAAAGAGGAGAUCAUAAGUAAAUUGGAGUCUCUAGAACAGAAAGAGAAAGAGGGGAGUUCUGAUGAAGAGGAGGGAGAAAAAAAGAAGCCAGAGGAGGAAGAGGCCGAGGGAGAGGAGAAUUAUGACGAAGAGGAGUUUGAGGACGAAACAGAUUACAUCAUGUCCUACUUUGACAAUGGGGAGGAGUUUGGAGGGGACAGUGAUGAUAAUAUGGAUGAAGCUAUUUACUGAACAGGUGACACUGGCUCUGUAGAGCUCUCCUCUGGACAGUGUGUGUGUCUCUGAAGCUGUCUGUCCCUCAGAACCUUUCUGUGAUGGAUCAUUUUGUCUGGCAGCUAAUGUUUAGAUCUGUAUUCAGUGACUUUCCUCUUAUCCGACGAGUUGGCAUGGUGGCAGAUUGCUGACGGAGACUGUUAGAAUCUGUGCGCCAUAGCAGGAGCAGAGGAAGAGAUACAGUGACUAAAAUGCAUUCUGAUAUCUGCCUCCACACACACACAAACAAACACAAACACACACUCCUAUCUUAAUGCAGCUAUAUGUCUUUUAGAGCUUUGUAACUGAUUGUUAGAGAUUGCUGAAACUAUUUUUAGGAAUUUGUUCUAUGAAGUAUGUAUGUUUUAGUCUAAUUUUUAAAUAGUUGCAUUCUUCUAAAUAACUUUUUUACAUUUUAAUAUUGUAGAUGUUUAUUUUAGAUGGCAAUUAAGAUGAUAAGCAAAUGAUGUCCUUCAAACCCUGCUGUGAUUGUAAAUAUUUUUUAUUUGUACUGUUAAACCAUUUGAUGUGGUAAAGUCACACUUCGUGAACACUUUGUUUUGUUAAUGGUCUGUUGUGGCCUGUAGGGGGUGUGCAACUAUUGUUUAAGUUGAACACAAUUGUUCCAAACAGUGUUGACAUUGCUGGUUAUUUUCCCUAACACUGUUUGUGUAAAUUUAUAUUUGUCAUCAGCUGAUGUUUUCCUUACUCACCCACCCACCUGGUAACCAGACACGAUCUGGACUGGAAACAGUUGUAUAAUUCUGAUUUUGUGUGUGGGGUGGGGGGGACAUGCCUAGUGUCCACAUAAUUCAAAAAUGCAGAAAAUAUUUUGUGAGGGUUAGGGGAUAAAAUCUAUGAUUUGUACUUUAUAAAAAUCAUGUCUAUGGAGAGUCCUCAUAAGGACAGCUGCACCAACGUGUGUGUGUGUGUGUGUGUGUGUGUGUGUGUGUCAGUAAAUGUCCUUGAUACCACAUACAGGAGAAUUAAAAUAGAAUAUAAUGUCAGACUCUGUUGAGGGAAAAGAUCAGCAGAGGAGAAAAAAUAUUUCAUCCAAUAUCAACAUAUCUUUGAUAUUGGGUUUAUCAAUAAAGUUAGAUACAAAAGACUUUAGAUCUUAAAUAUUAAUUGAGGGGAUUUGCAAAUGUGUAUUUUGCAACUACAAGUUAAUAUAAAAACUAUAUAAAUGCUUGAAUAGCAUUCCAACCUAUAUUCCCAUCUAACUGCAUACAUAAUAUGCUUACAAAGCAAAUCAAUAACCAAAAGUGCAUUAACUAAUUACCCUUAUGUUUUUGUUUGUCUUGGUAGAAAACAAACAACAAAAUAAGUAAUUAAACACCCAUAAAAGUCCUAUAUAUGGUUGUUUCAUAUUUGUUUUACACAUUAUCCAUACAACUUCUGUCCAGUUCAACUGCAGAGUGUGCAUAUAGCCAGACGCUGUACAUCCAUAACAGUGAGUGACGUGAAUACCCAGAGGGUCCUUAUUAGCUUAAGUGAAACAACACUAAUACACAAGCACACACACUCAACGUGCUAGUUGUUCCAACUAAGGAGGCAAGGAGAUGUCCUCUGUCCUUCAUCCAGCCUUCAUCUGGUAAUUAGGAUGCAGCACUUUGGCUGGAUAGGCAGCAGAGACUGUGCACUGAAAACAAAAGUAGUCCAAGGACACUCCAUUACCAUUUCCAACCUGCCCUGCCCUCCACAGAAGAGUGAGUAAUUGAGUUUUAUACAAAGAAAACUCUCCACACACACACAUUUAGUUUAGGAAGAUGAUUCUUUUGACACAUGAUCUUUCAUCAGACAACAUCCUACAUAAAUGAGUCUGAGAAUAUAAGGAUUUGCUCAGAGCUAAACUGAUAGCCUACAGGCCAUUCAUUAUAUUAUUAAAGAGAACAUAUUCUUGCAUUCCCAAAUAAAAUCUUUGUUUUAAAGCGCAAUUUAGGUGAAACAACAACAGUCACUUUCCAUACUAUAAAGAUAACACCUGACCAACAGUGCUGGGUAGAUUACUUAUUAAUUGAAUUCCAGUACUGAUCACAAAAUAUACAAUGGUUAGUUCCGGCCCUCGAAUCUGAUUGGACGAGAGACGUUCCAUGAGCAGUGAUGGUCUGACACCAUCAGCACUCGGACGCUUCACUGUGUGUAUCACUCCGCUUGUGUUCGUCAUCCUAAACUAAAGUGUAAGAGCAGUGCAUAUGUGUUAAGAGCUAAUGUAAGCUAUGUGUCUUUUUUUUUUACAUUACAUAUGCUAGCCAGCAGGUGGUGGCAAAAGAUAAUUUUUGUGUGUAAUAUGAGCCAGUUGGUGAUGUGAAGUGAAUCUGUUAGUCACUGUUUACAUCGUAUUACUACUACAGUACUAAAGCUAGGAAAUAGCUUUAAACGGCUUUAAACGAACAACUUCAGCAUGACGGCUCAUCACAGCUGAGAGACACAACAGACUGAUUGAUUACAGAAAUCAAGGUGCUUACCUCUACCCUGUGUUUCCACAUUGGAUUCAUAUGGUUUAAAAUGGCGGAGGACAUUGGGGUUUCUAUAGGGAAUGACUCUUGUGUUGCAUCAUUUGGUUUGAACCAGCAACGGCAGAUUCUGAUCCGCUGCGUGAUAAAAGUAGUUCCAUGCACAAAUGCGUUUUUAUGACCGUACUCAGUUUUUCCUAAUUUUUUCAAAUGUACUUGUUCAUUGAACUGUUGUAUAUAAGCAAUAUCACAUUCACAAUCAUGCUAUAUGGCCCUAAAUCAGCACUGAUGUGAUUCCCAACAGCACUCAGCCUACGUCCGAAUCACAGCAGUGCAGAUGUAGGGCCAUAUCGCACUCUUGCUGAUGUGAUAUUGCUUAAUUACAUUACAAAAAUUGUAGUAAGUAACU